UGAGGAUGAAGAAGUAGAUGAUCCAACGUAUAAUCCAGGUCAACUCCAAACUGCUAGACAAGCUACUGAAGCAAUACAGUUCAUUGCUCUUGUAACAAAUCAGUUCUGGAAAAGAUGGCAUAAGGAAUAUCUUAUUGCUAUAAAAGACAUCAAUAAAGUACUGAGAAAACAAUCCAGAAACAAACAAUUAGUACCAGAAUUGGGUGAAAUUGUACUAAUAAAAGCAGAAAAUGUACCCAGAGGAGCAUGGCAAUUAGGAAAAGUCAUGAGAAAGAUAUACCAUAAUGAUGGAUUCAUAAGAUCAGUUGAACUCUUAACUAGAGGAAGGAGAAUUGAAAGAGCUUUAGACUUGGUAUUUCCAUUAGAAUUAAGCUCUCCGUUAAGAGAAAGUGCUGAUACUACAUUUGAAGAAGCUCCGGAUGAGCCAGAAGAAGUACAUAGAGUAUUAAGAAGUCAGACAAGAAGUCAGACAGAAAGUCAGCAUGAAGAAAUGCCUGACGAAACUUAUGAA